CAUGCUCAACAACUAUAAAAACACCACAAGAAACUCAAUUUAGAGACAAGAAGAGAGGCAAUUAGCAAAUUAUAAUCUCGAUUAGUAGCAAAUACAUUACUAUGGAGAGAAAAACUGUCAUUUAUGUUGUUAUGUGUGGUGAUUAGUGGGAUGCUUGUUGAGCAAUCCAACGGCUUUAAAUUAUUUCGCCAUGGCUUCAAGAAAUGCAUGAAGAAAUGUUUAUUCUUAUGUGUCCUUCCGCCAUGGACACCGGCCUGCCCCGGUUUAUGCUUUGGUAAGUGCAUCAUUAACCCAGCUGCAAUUGGCCCGCAAAGCACCCACCAGUUUUGCACCGCUGGCUGCGCCACCUCCGAGUGCUCCGGUCUCAUCUCUGCAGACAAUUAUCAUUUGGAUGAAGUUGAAGGAUGUGUAGGUGGCUGUUCACAAUCAUGUGUGACUGGUUCUAAUUGAUUAGUCCGCAUACAUUGAACAUGGUGUUCUUGGAAUCAAGAUUUCUAUUGUAAUUAAGAUGUCUACUUUAGAUUACUAAAGAAAUAAUAAGUGUAUGUAGCACAAUCGAAACUACUCAAUUAUAUAGUUUUUAAUAAAACGGUUUGAUUUAUAUGUCCGUGGCAUGAAA